AUGGGUGAAACCCGUCCCGGCUGCAAAGAGGACUUUUGUUCCGCUAGCCAAAGUGACGAUGGAACAGCAUUGCCCCAAAACGAUAGACAUGAUACCAUGAAGCAAGACUUCGACACCGGUGUCAAAGCUUGGCUACAAGUCCUCGGGUCUUUUUUCCUUUACUUCAGUUCAUGGGGAAUCAUCAACUCCUUUGGAGUGUUCGAAACGUACUAUGAGCAACGCAUUCUAUCACACAUGUCGCCGUCAUCCAUUGCUUGGAUUGGAUCCGUUCAGUCAGCCCUGCUCAUGGUAGUUGGCAUCAUGCUGGCACAGGGCAUCUGUGUUGGGAUUGGAGCUGGCUUCUUGUUCGUUCCAUCGGUUGCGCUCCUACCGCAAUAUUUUCACAAGAGGCGAGCUCUGGCAAAUGGCAUUGCUGCAUCCGGCAGUAGUAUUGGCGGAGUCCUUUUCCCCAUCAUGUUUCGUCAGCUUGAAGUAAAGAUAGGAUUCCCCUGGGCGACCCGCACUAUUGCUUUGCUUUCUCUCGCGACUUGUGUCAUUUCCAUUGGUGUAAUGCGACAGCGUUUCAAACCACAGGAAAAAAGAGCGCUGCUGCAGCUUUCUGCAUUCAGAGAAGCUCAAUACUCGCUCUUUUGCUUGGCCUGCUUCCUAGGUUUCCUAGGCUUUUAUAACUUUCUAGUUUACGUACAGCCUUUUGCGAUCGAAACUGGGGUUGUGGAUGCUAACAUUGGCUUCUAUCUUGUUGCAAUCUUAAAUGCUGCGUCGACAUUUGGCCGGUUCGGUCCAAACUUUGUUGCGGAUUACGCAGGGUCACUUAAUAUCCUCUUCCCAGCAUUGACUAUUACGGCUAUUCUAGCAUACUGUUGGGUUGCUGUAAACAGUGCCUCGGGAAUCAUCGCGCUUUCUGCGUUGUACGGAUUCUUCUCAGGAGCGUUCGUGUCCUUGAUAGCGGUGGUCAUGAUGGAGAUUACUCAGGACAUCCGCAAGCUUCGGCUUGGGAUGUGCUUUGCACUCGAGUCUAUUGGGUUACUGAUUGGAACUCCAAUCGGCGGGACCAUAGUCAAUCGUACUGGGUCGUAUCUUGGUGUCCAGUUGUUCUGCGGCUCGUGUCUUGCUGCCUGCGCUGUAAUUCUACUCAGCGUCCGGUUGUUGCGGAGUGGGCCGACACUUAUGUACAAGACAUAG